GCUGUCUGCAUGAGACCUACAAGCUAGGUAAUUCAGCUUAACCACUAAAAGAAUCUCUUAAAACCUUACAAAAAUGUCAGGAGAUAGAGCCCCUUUAAUUGGUCAAAACAGGUAUAGUCAACUAAUCACUGGAAAUUAUGAGCCAGUGACCCUUGAUGACCUAAAGAUUGUGCUGGUGGGGAAGACUUCAGAAGGAAAAAGUGCAACAGGAAACACCAUUCUGGGGAGGAAGGCAUUUGUAUCGAAGAAUUCUGCUGAAUCUGUAACAAGGGAGUGCAGGGAAGAGAAGUUCCAGUAUAGGCGCAAAUCGGUCUCAGUUAUUGACACACCAGGUGUUCAUGACACUAUUUCCACUGCUGAGGAAUUAGAAAAUGAAUUGAAAAAAAUGAUGUUAGUUCCUGGUCCUCGCAUUUUCCUUUUGGUGAUAAGUUUGAAAGGGGCAUUCACAGCUGAAGACAUGAAUACAGUGAAUUGGAUUGUUGACCAUUUUGGAGAGGGGGCAAUUAAUAAUUCAAUCAUACUCUUUACCCAUUUUGACUGUCUUGAAGACCAAACUUUAGAGGAAUACAUUGAAAAAAGUGCUAGAAUUAAAAUGAUAGUUGAGAGGUUUGAUGGGAAGUACCAUGCCUUUAACAAUAAAGACACAUCCAGUACCCUGGUUGAAAAUCUGAUGAAGAAGAUUGAAAGCAUGCUGGAGGCAAACAAUGAAAAGUGUGAAAAGUACUCUGAGGCUUCAUUCAAGGAGGCUGAGAAAGAAACAGUUUUUGCCAAGAGACUUGAAAAAGCAAAAGACAUAGCCCUUAAAGCAGCCACAGGAGUAGGAGUUGGAGCAGCAGUAGCUGGAGGGGUAGUGGUUGGAGUAGUGGCAGAGGCUGUGAUUCUACCAGCAGCACUCAUUGGAGGUGGUGCAUUAAUGGCUGUUGGUGCAGGGGCAGGAGCUAUUGCAAGACACGUUAAGCAAAGGGACCAACAGAGCAACAAUAUUUACAGGACUCGUACAAAUUUGUUUGCACAAAAUCCUUAAGAAUUGGUUAUCAGGGAGAUAUAUGCAUUAAACGCUAGGAUAUUUUUAAACACUAAAACUGGUGAAUCAUUACCAUCAGUACUAUAGACUAGUCAAAUGCGCAUUUUAUCCCUGAAAUUUUGAAUUUCCCCUUGGGGAUCAAAGUAUCUAUCUAUCUAUCUAUCUAUCUAUC